AUGGCAGCUUCAUUUGCUCUUCUCCGUGAAUUGCGUCCCUACAAAUCUUCAUGGAGGAUCCAAGUCAAGGUCUUGCAUUCAUGGCACCAAUACACUGUCCAAACAGGAGAAACAUUAGAGAUGGUGCUUGCAGAUACACAGGGUGUUAAAAUACAUGCAAGCGUGAAGAAGGAUUUGGUUCCGCGUUUUGCUCCCCAUGUUCGAGUUGGUGAGUGGAAGUUUGUAGAAACCUUCGGGCUUACUCAUUCAACUGGUCAGUUUCGUCCAACCAAUCAUUUGUACAAGAUUGGAUUUCAAACUGGCACUGUUGUCUCACGUUGUGAGAAUAUAUCUGACUCCAACUACUUGAGUCUUGCUAAGUUUGAGCCAAUCUUGAAUGAGGAGAUCAAUCCCUAUGCAAUGGGCCAAGUUGUUAACAUAGGAGAACUGGAGCUUAAGGAAACUAAUAACAAGCCGAAUCAUAAGCUCGAUUUCGAGUUGAGGGAUGAAAAGGAUGUUAGGCUACCUUGCACACUGUGGGGUUCACAUGCCGAACAAGUGUUUACGGCUUGCCAGGAAGCUAAUGGCGCCAUGGUGAUCUGUGUGAUCAGAUUUGCGAAAGUCAAAAACUAUAAAGGUGUUGUGAGUUUGUCUAAUUCUUACAAUACUACACAAGUUUUUAUCAACCCCCCUAUCCUGAACCUUCCCAAUGAUGGUCUGACCCUUACCUUCCGCGAAAAUGCACCGCAGAACCAGAUUGUGGCAUUGACUGCUGACCAGAGUGAUCAGUUUCCCCGGAGAACCAUAUCAGAGCUACUCAAUUCUCAAGAGAUUGGUAAGGCAAGGGUGUUGUGCACAAUCUAUGCAAUUGAUACAGAUUGGUCGUGGUACUAUUUUAGUUGCAGAAACUGUAACAAAAAGGUUACUCAUAUCUAUCCAUCCGGCAAGGAGAAAGUAAUCAAAGAAACAAAACAAAAGUUUUGGUGUGAUGUCUGCAAAUCCAUUGUAACCAAUGUUGACCCGCGUACAGCUGCAAAAAUCAUUACCCAAAGCGCUGCUACUCUCUUAAAUGGAUCACUAGCUGAGAUUGCAGACCCAGAGAACUUACCAGAUCCAAUCAACAAUGUCAUUGGAAAGACAUACCUCUUUUUGGUAUGUGUUGAAAAGGCAAACAUUUUGGAUGGAAAGGACUCUUACAAGGUUGCAAAGGUGUUGUUGAAUGAUGGUACGUUGGGAGAGGAAAGCAUGCUUGAGUCUCAGGAAACAAUCAAUUCGGACUCUAUUGUAUCCGGUGAACAGAUGCAACUGAUGCUGACUAACAGUGAAGAUGGAACUGAAACUAAUACACCAUCAUCCAAGCGUCAAGCAUCUUUCAAUGUGGAGCCUGCUGAGCAAUCAUCCACAACCAAGAAGUUGUGUCUUGCAGUCUCAGAUUUGGACAAACAGGAUGAAAACAUGGAGAGUGAAGGAAUCGCGGAUUGUGGAGGUACCAAGGAUUGUGCUAUACAAGCUUCAGUCCUUCCUAAUCGUGUGCCUAAGUUUCAAGAUCAAUUGGUUAAAGGCCAGUUGUACAACAUCAAUGAUUUCGAUGUUGUUGCAUCCUCCAACCGUUAUUGUCGCACCAACCACAAGUGGUUCUCUACUUUUUCAGACUUGCUUGAUAUGGUAGACAAGGGUGAGGAGCUUCCAGGUAACAACCUAUUUUGCAUUGUUCGUAUUUCUGGUCUCUUAGCUUCCACUUUGUUCUUCAGUAUAUGA